AUGCAGUCACGUAAAUGUAAAUAUGGCGAUUGCGGACAAACAGCGCUGGGAGCCGCUAAGUCACGAUUGAUGGCCUUGGGGGUUGAGAGACGCAGCUCUUUGGUCACUGCUCUGUUUCACUUUCUCAAAUACUGUUCAUCUAUCUAUCUAUCUAUCUAUCUAUCUAUCUAUCUAUCUAUCUAUCUAUCUAUAUAUAUAUAUAUAUAUAUAUAUAUAUAUAUAUAUCAGUCUGUUCAUAUCUAUCUAUGUCUGUUCAUAAUCUAUUUCUUUAUCUUAUGUCCUUAUUAUAUGUUCCUUAUCUAUCUAUCUAUCUAUCUAUCUAUCUAUCUAUCUAUCUAUCUAUCUAUCUGUCGCAGUCUAUUCUUAUCUAUAUGUCUAUCUAUUGCAUUCUGUUCAUAUCUAUCUAUCUAUCUAUCUAUCUAUCUAUUUAUUUAUCUAUUGCAGUUUGUUCAUAUAUAUCUAUAUAUCGCAGUCUGUUGUUGA